UCACAGAAUGGCCUCGGACACCCAGGCAGACCCUGACGUGUCGGGGAGGAGCUGGGCGCGGAGGUGCGUGGAGUGGAGCUCAGGGCUGCCGAGGGGAGCGGAGCUGAGCGGCUGGGCGGGCCUGGCCAGGCCAGCGGUGCAGAGACGUCGGUCGAGCGGCGGCGAACAUGCGCUGUUGACAUAUUGGAGGCUUUCUUGAUCAUGGAUGGUGAAGAUAUACCAGAUUUUUCAAGUUUAAAGGAGGAAACUGCUUAUUGGAAGGAACUUUCCUUGAAGUAUAAACAAAGCUUCCAGGAAGCUCGUGAUGAGCUAGUUGAAUUCCAGGAGGGAAGCAGAGAAUUAGAAGCAGAGUUGGAGGCACAAUUAGUACAGGCUGAACAAAGAAACAGAGACCUGCAAGCUGAUAACCAAAGACUGAAAUAUGAAGUGGAGGCGUUAAAGGAAAAACUAGAACAUCAGUAUGCACAGAGCUACAAGCAGGUCUCAGUAUUAGAAGAUGAUUUAAGUCAGACCCGGGCCAUUAAAGAGCAGUUGCAUAAAUAUGUGAGAGAGCUGGAACAGGCCAAUGAUGACCUGGAGCGAGCAAAGAGGGCAACAAUAGUUUCACUGGAAGACUUUGAACAAAGGCUAAAUCAGGCCAUUGAACGAAAUGCAUUUUUAGAAAGUGAACUCGAUGAAAAGGAAUCCUUGUUGGUUUCUGUACAGAGGUUAAAGGAUGAAGCAAGAGACUUAAGGCAAGAACUAGCAGUUCGGGAGAGACAACAGGAAGUGACCCGAAAGUCAGCUCCCAGUUCUCCCACGUUGGACUGUGAGAAGAUGGAUUCUGCUGUCCAGGCUUCACUCUCUUUGCCAGCUACUCCUGUUGGCAAAGGAACAGAAAAUAGUUUUCCUUCACCAAAAGCUAUACCAAAUGGUUUUGGAACCAGUCCACUAACUCCUUCUGCUAGGAUAUCAGCACUAAACAUCGUGGGGGAUCUCUUACGGAAAGUAGGGGCUUUAGAAUCCAAAUUAGCAGCUUGCAGGAAUUUUGCAAAGGACCAAGCAUCACGAAAAUCCUAUAUUUCAGGGAAUGUGAACUGUGGAGUGAUGAAUAGCAAUGGCACAAAGUUCUCUCGAUCAGGGCACACGUCUUUCUUUGACAAAGGGGCAGUGAACGGCUUUGACCCAGCUCCUCCUCCUCCUGGUCUGGGCUCUUCGCGCCCCUCUUCAGCUCCGGGUAUGCUGCCUCUCAGUGUGUGAGUGCCCGGCCUCCAGGUGGGGGCUCCUGCCCUCCUCCAACAGCCCAGGACACCCACGCCUCACCCCUUGGUGCCUGGGCCCAGCCCUGUGCCCUUCCAUCUGCCUCCCCAUGGCUGGCAGAGGGCAGGCUGCAUGUAGUGGCGGCUGCUGGGCCCUGCCCAGCCCCAGGACUCUGCGCGAUAUCAAUACUGGCUAUUUUUUCCUUCUCGCCGUAGUGCCGUUGGUUUCACAUGAUUGCACUUUUGUGGGUCACAAGGUGAUACAUACGUGUAUUACUUGGUUACUGGAUGCAGAAGUAUCAUUCAUCACACCUGCCUCAUAGCCCCCACUCUGCUGUACUGAUAGGAUUUAGUUGUGUUUAGGACAUUGCAGAUCUUCUAGAAGUUUUUCCCCAAAUCAGGUUUACAUGUGCCCUCUCCUGAGCUCCCACCCAUGCAUCUUCAGUGCUCAUGAUCAUGUGUCCCCCAACUUUAUCCCCACAGUUUGAACUGUUUCUGGCAGAGUCAGGAAGGUCACUGAAUUAGGGAAACAUUGUCUAUACCUUCUGAUUUUAUGUAAGCAGUUACCAUUCCAUAGGCUUGCCUCCAAAGCAGCAAGAUGCCCUCUGAGUGGCAGGUGGCAGGAACCUCCAGGCCUGGGCACUCACAGGGCUGAGCUUCCAUGCUGCUGCGUCGUCCAUGUGCCUCAGAGGUGGGUGGCAACUUCCUCACCAGCUUUCUGGUCCUUCAGUUAAAUGCCAUCUUCAGAACAUUUUUGUUUUAUCCUCUGAGGGUCCGUCCAGUUGCAUUGGGAAGGAUUGAGUGGCCUGAUUCCGGGGGCUGGCUGGUGCCAGUUCCUGGUGGCAGACUGACCAAAAGUGGUUGUCCCUGUGCAUCCUUUGGUUACUCUCAUGCUGCAUUUACUGUUUACAUUUGUUUUAUUGUACAUAGGUUUGUAAACAUUAUUGCCUAAGAUAUUUGUAUAUAACUUGGGCUUUGUAGCUUUUAUUUAUUCAGAACUCAUAUGGCAUGUUAAUGACUUAUGAUGGUGUCCUUCUCUGGGGCAGCUGUAUAGGAUCAUCAUGUGGCUAAAAAAAAAGAAAAAAAAAAAAAAGAAAAUACUUCCCCUCAAAAAAAAAAAAAAAAAAUCUUUUAAUGUGGAAAAAAUAAAUUUCACA